GGACUGACCCGCGCUUUUUUUCUUUUUCUUCUUCUCCUCCUUUUUUGCGCCUCCUGUCUCUUUCUCUCCCUCGUUUCGAGGAUGAAGACGUGAAUCCAGUCGGGCUCAGCCUGGAGACGCACAGAGAGCUGGCCGGAGGACAGAGAAAGUCAGAGGAACUCACCCAGAGCCGGUGCCGCGCAGUCCGGUCCGCAGACCGUCUCAGCAAGCCGCUCCUGAGCGCCCAUCAUCCGGCCACCGCUCCACUCUGACCGCGCCGCUCUGCGCACAAACCGCACAGAUUCACACACACAGAGAGAGACAGACACACACGUGAGCGAGCGAGCGCGCGCUCUCGGAGAACUUUUUCUUUCUCUCCGGAUCUUCUGCUCCGAGUUCAGAUCUGGUCCGACAACAGAAGGACCCGGACCCGAACCAAGGUCCAGCCCUGGAUUCACUACUGCUGAUCAAUGGACAGAGCCUCUUCGGCGGGCAGCAGCGCUACAGACACGCCGUGAACAACUCUUUGUCUCUGACUGGAGCUCCAUUGGGGGUGUGGAGGAGGAUGGAGCGAGGAGGGGAGAGUCCCGUCGCCCAGGGCAGUCCCGAGCGGAGGGGCGGCAGUCCGGACCUUAGCGGGCUCCCGCCGCCAGGAAAGAAAAGCCGACUGGAGCUGAACGGGAGCCCCACCGGGCCACGAACGCGCCACAACGGAGCCCCGCCGCGGCCCCUUGGAGGUCUGAUGAUUCCCGUCUUCUGCGUGGUGGAGCAGUCGGACGCGGGGCUUCAGGGCGACGGGUGUGAGGGAAGGGAGGAGCACGCCGAGUUUGUGCUGGUCAGGAAGGACAUCCUCUUCUCCCAGCUGGUGGAGACGGCCCUGCUGGCGCUGGGCUACUCCCACAGCUCAGCCGCGCAGGCCCACGGCAUCAUCAAGGUGGGACGGUGGAACCCUCUGCCCAUCCACUUCCUCACAGACGCACCUGAAGCGACCGUGGCAGACAUGCUGAUGGAGGUCUAUCACAUGGUCACGCUGCACAUUCAGCUGCAGAGCUUUGCGAAGCUGGAAGAUCUGCCCUGUGAGCAGUGGAACCACGCGACUGUCAGGAACGCUCUGAAGGAGCUGCUGAAGGAAAUGAACCAAAGCACUCUGGCCAAGGAGUGUCCUCUGUCUCAGAGCAUGAUUUCCUCCAUAGUGAACAGUUCUUACUAUGCCAACGUCUCCACUGCCAAAUGUCAAGAGUUUGGCCGUUGGUACAAGAAGUACAAGAAAAUCAAAGCAGGAGACUAUCUGGAGAAGAUGUGGACUGGUCGCGACGCCGCAGACAUUAAAAUUGAGAGGGACAACAUGUCGGACUUCUGCGUGCUGGGGCCGCGGCCCCCGCCCCACCUGGCUCAGCUCAGCCACCUGAGUGCCGGCGGCCCCCUCCUCAAAGCCGGAUCCGGGGACCCUCAGGCCCCGUCGCAGCCGCUCCAGCAGCCCCCUCCGCCCCAACAGCAGCCAUCACCUCAUGGCCCCCUCCACCACAGCCCCCCUCUCCGCACAGGACAGGUGCCUCCUCCUCCUCCACCGCCUCCGCCGGGUGCGCUGCAGCCCCUGCUGGGGCCAGGUGGGCUCCUCUCGCCACAGCUCUCCCCGCAGCUGGUUCGCCAACAGCUCGCCAUGGCCCACCUCAUCAACCAGCAGCUGGCCGUGAGCCGCCUGCUGGCCCAUCAGCACCCUCAGAGCCUCAACCAGCAGUUCCUCAACCACCCGCCCAUCCCCCGGGGUUCCUCCAAAGGAGCGGGCGACCAUCCCGGGAGCAACCCUUCGGCCGCCGAGGUGUCCUCUGAAAUCUACCAGCAGGUCAGGGAUGAGCUGAAGAGGGCCAGCGUGUCCCAGGCCGUGUUCGCCAGGGUGGCCUUCAACCGCACACAGGGCUUGCUGUCGGAGAUCCUGAGGAAGGAGGAGGACCCCCGCACGGCGUCCCAGUCCCUGCUGGUCAACCUGAAGGCCAUGCAGAACUUCCUGAACCUGCCGGAGAGCGAGAGAGACCGCAUCUACCAGGAGGAGAGGGAGCGCACCAUGAACCCCUCGGUGGGGCUGCCCUCCUCCAACUCCACCAACCCCGGAGCCCAGCGCCUCACGCAGAAAGUGUGGGAGAGGAGCCUGGACGACCCAAUAGCCCCGGACACCUGGGCCUCCAUCUGGAAGAACAAGACGAAGAUCUCCAACUCUCCGAAGCCGUCCGGCCCGGGCCCAGACCUGCCUCUGAAGCUGGAGUCGCUGGUCAACAUCACGUCGGGCAUCUACGACGAGAUCCAGCAGGAGAUGAAGAGAGCCAAAGUGUCCCAGGCUUUGUUUGCCAAGGUGGCCGCCAACAAGAGCCAGGGCUGGCUGUGUGAGCUGCUUCGAUGGAAGGAAAACCCCAGCCCCGAGAACCGCACCCUGUGGGACAACCUGUGCACCAUCCGGAGGUUCCUGGCGCUGCCGCAGGCCGACAGGGACCUGGCCUAUGAAGAGGAGUCCCGACACCAUCACAGCGAACGGCUGCACACCGUCCUCCACCUGCCGCAGGACGCUCAGCUCUACUUUCUUUCUCGCCAGGCACUUCACAGGCCACCCCCGCUUCCGGUAAAGGAGCACCACUUGUCUCCAAUGCGCGAAGAGCCGCUGCCCGCCCAAGCGAAUGAGGAGAGGUCGCAGAACGUGGGAGUUGGAGCAGCAGGCGGAUGUCCUCCUGCUGCGGCCAGCAGCGCCGGCUGCAACAAGAAGCCACGAUCACGCACUAAGAUUUCCUUAGAGGCCCUGGCCAUACUGCAGAGCUUCAUCCAGGAUGUGGGCCUGUACCCGGACCAGGAGGCCAUCCACACCCUGUCCGCGCAGCUCGACCUGCCCAAGCACACCAUCAUCAAGUUUUUCCAGAACCAGCGCUACCACGUCAAGCACCACGGCCGCCUCAAGGAGCUGGGCGAGGGGGCGGCGGCCAGCGGUGGCGUCGACGUCAGUGAGUACAGGGACGAGGAGCUGCUGUCCGGCUCCGAGGACCCGGAGUCCAGCGAGGACGGGGCCGAGGAGAUCUACCAGACGGCAGAGGGGAGCAGCGGCAGCACGGGGGGGCUGAGCCAGCCCCCGACCUCCUCUAGCUCCACCCCCAGUCAGUUGUCCUCCGGUAACAGUGUCGCUCUGGAGGAAGGCAAGGACAAGGGGCCCGGCCGGCUUGGUGGUCCUCUGGUUCCGGGCGGCUCCUCCUCAUCCAGUCCUCAACAGCAGACUGACUACCAGAGGUAGAAACCGAGCGACAUCGCCAGAUCAGGACAAAACUGGAGAAGAAGACUCUGGGAAGCUGUCAUGGCAGCAGCAAAGCGACGGCGUGAGGCGUGGAUGUCCGUGACGACACACUGAUCUGAGAUCCCACUCGUACAUGACUCAAACAGUUCAUCGUGACAAUCUCCCAUCUGUGGAAUUUGUGAAUUUACCUCAGAAACAGACUGCAGGUUUUUUUAGGUGCGGUUUGUGUAACUGUGACCAAAUGACCACAGAACCGUUUUAUCGUUCCCCUCCCCCCCACCCCCGUCCCGUCUG